GCUCCAGCACAGCACUUGCCAUCGCGGAGGAGGAGGUUGCAGGUGGCCAUGGGCAGGAUGUGGCCCUGCAAGGUCCUGCUGCUGCUGCUGCUGCUGGGGUCAUCCAGAGCCACCACACCGGGGCUGGAUGUGUCCGCUGCGCCGGGGCUGGAUGGAUCGAUCCCACCAGGGUUGGAUGGAUCUGUCCCACCAGGGUUGGAUGGAUCCAUACCAACCGGGGCGGAUGGUUCCAUCACACCCAAACUGGAUGGACCCAUCACCCCAAAGCAGAAUAGACCCAUCCCACCAUCCUGGCCCUGGCGCUGGCCCACCACCUACCUGGAUGCCAUCCUGGCAGCCGUGCGCUUGCUCAACCAGAGGAUCUCAGGCCCUUGCACCCUACGGCUGCGAACAGCAGAACCGCGACCUGGCUGGCUUGGGACCCUGCAGCGCCAGCGCGAAGUGAGCUUCCUUGUGGAGGAUGCCCCAUGCCCACCUGGGGUCGACUGCAGGAGCUGCGAGCUGGGGGCCCUGCAGCGCUGCGUGGGCACCGUGUCCGUGGAGCAGCAGCCCACAGCUGAGCUGCGCUGCAGCCCGCUGCGGGUGCAGCCCCUCCGCAACUGGUGGACCCGCAUCCGGGAGUGGUGGGAGGGCAUCAGGAACCGCCUGCGGCAGCGCGGUGCCUUCCACGUCCGCGGGCGCCUGAACAUCAGCAGCACGGCGCGGCCAUGAGCAGCCCCAGAGUGGCCGUCAUCGAGUGUCCCCAAUAAAGGCCCCUUCUGUCUGCC